AUGGCGAGAAUUGAUGUUCAUGCGCAUUGUGUGCCACCAUCAUACCGCGAAUACUGCCUUGAGAACGAUUUCGCGCAGAAGGGUCAUCCUGAUGGGAUGCCUGCGAUACCGCCCUGGGAUCCUUUAGACCACAUUGCCUUGAUGAAACACCUCAAUAUCCAGAAGUCGGUCCUGAGUAUGUCAUCGCCAGGUACACACUUGACGCCAGGCAAUAAUGAGGAAGGCAGGUCGGUGACUCGACGCGCCAAUGAGGACAUGGCCAGAGUCUGUGCUGAUCAUCCGGACCACUUCCUAUUUUUCGCAUCUCUGCCACUUCCUGACGUCGAGGGUUCUCUGGAGGAAAUCGACUAUGCUCUAGACCAUCUUGGCGCAGUGGGAUUUCAAAUUCUCACGAACUCACACGGCAUCUACCCCGGCGACCCGCGAUUUAUCCCUGUGUUUGACAAAUUAAAUGAGCGCAAGACAAUUGCAUUCUUCCAUCCAACCAGCUGUCAUGUCCAGAAUCCGCAAGAUACAUCAUCGGUGCAGCGAAUCAACCCGCAACCAGGAGUCGCGAGUCCAGUGGUAGAGUUCAUGUUCGAAUCAAGCCGAUCCCUUUUGAGCCUUCUCACAUCGGGGACAGUGACGCGAUGUCCCGAUAUUACUUUUUUGGUAUGCCAUUGCGGCGGGACAUUUCCACCCGUUCUCGAGCGGAUUGCUGAGUGCUCUGGCUUUCUCAUUGAGGGAGGAAACCAGAUCAGUGGCGAGGAGAUCAAAAACCUCCUACAGAGCCGGUUCUAUUUCGAUCUGGCUGGCGUACCAUUCCCCGAUCAAGUGCAUGGCCUUGUUCGAAUCGUCGAUUCUUCGAGACUACUGUAUGGAAGUGACUAUCCGUUUACGCGGGCACCGCUUGUUGAGGCUCUUGCCAAAAGAGUUGAUGUUGGUUUAGAAACCAACUUUGGACAGGUCGUGAAACAUCGGGUUUUGUUAGAUAACGCCAAGAACUUACUGGGGAUAUAA